AUGUCACAACCACCGCAGGGCCAACCAGCUCCGCCGCAGCCCGUCCCGCCCGCGCACCACGCCCCGCCAGCCCACGCCUCAUCGCAACCGGCACAACAGCGGCAGCCGGCGUUCCAGGGGCAGGGACAGCGUGCGCAGCAGCUUGGGCAGCCCGGCCAACAACCACCGCCGCCCGCACAGGCGCAGCAGCAGCAACAGGCGGCCUUCCGACCACUCAACGUCCGGGAUGCGCUUCAUUACCUGGAUCGGGUCAAGCAGCAGUUUGCGAACGAAUACGAGGUCUACGAUCAGUUCUUGACGAUCAUGAAGGACUUCAAGACGCAGAACAUCGACACACCCGGCGUCAUCGACCGCGUCUCCACCCUCUUCCGCGACCAUCCCUCGCUCAUCCAGGGCUUCAACACCUUCCUCCCUCCCGGCUACCGCAUCGAAUGCCAUGUCACGCCCUCGGCAGACUCGGGCGCACCCGGCAGCGCAGCCGGCAACACCAACACCAUCACCGUCACGACACCGAUGGGCGUCACAACUCGGACGCAGAACGUCUCUGCCUCGACUCCGCUUUCGAGCGGUCCUCCGCCAUCUCAGCAACCCGCAGCCAGCACUUCGGCAGUGCCUCAGACCUCUCAGGCGCCCGCGACGUCGAAGCCUGCCGGUUCAAACCUGCCGCAGGCCCGCCUUCCUCCUCUCCCGCCCGGCCAGACUGCCCAAGCCGCCCGCGCAAUUUCUCCUCCCGCACCAAUCCCUCCCUUUGGCGGCAAUCGCACGACUUGGAACGCUCCGACAUCGGCUCAGCAGCAACAGGCGAAGGCCGGGCAGAAGGUUGGCGCUGUCGCAGGACCUUCGAGCGGAUCGUUUGUUGCGCAACAGUCCGCGGCACCAACCAGGCUCGGCCCUGCGGCGCAGGCGCCGAAGCCGGUCGCGGGGUACGCUGCGCACGAUGUCAAGCCGAACGUUGCGAGCGAACAUGCGGUCCCGCCAGCCGUCCCUCAACAGCCACACCCACAGGCUGCGGCAGGGCCUGCUCCCGUCGCACCGCCUGCCGCUCCCGCUCAGCAGGCCGCGCAACCGCCAAGCGGUCCGCCGCAGGUCAUGGAGUUCAACCACGCGAUCAACUACGUCAACAAGAUCAAGAACCGCUUCGCUAAGGAGCCUGAGACGUACAAGACGUUUCUCGAGAUCUUGCAGACGUACCAGAAGGACCAGCGGCCGAUUCAGGAGGUCUAUGCCCAGGUAACGAUCCUGUUCUGCAAGGCGCCCGACCUGCUCGAAGAGUUCAAGGCGUUCUUGCCAGAUACGAGCGCGCCCGAGAACGCAGCCGGAGCCUCGCCGGCGGGACCAGCUGGGAAGAAGAAGGACGUAGGUGGAAAGACAGGUGCGGCGAUGGGAGGAAAGGCAGGUGCUGCUGCGCCCGCGCCGGGCGAGAAAAAGAAGCGAGCGGCGCCCGGGACGAGCGAGAAGGCCAAGGCGAAGCGGGCGAAGAUGGCGCACCUCCAGCAGCAACAGCAGCAACAGGCCGCCAGCAUCGAGUCGCCGCCUCUCGGUCACGGUCCCAGCGUUCCAGUCGCGAAGGCGCAACAACAGCACCACGCCGACCUCGCAGCUCAGCACUCGCCCGUUUCGCCGUAUGGUCCUCCGCCUCCACCCGCGCAGCCUCAUGCGCACCCGUACGGCGCGCCUCCGCCUGGCUUCCCUGGCGCACCGCGGAUGCAGUCGGCCUACGACGCUUAUCUCGCUCAGCACCAGAAUCCGCCGCUCGUCCAGCCCGAAGAGUUCACCUUCUUCGAGCGCGUCAAGAAGCACAUCGACGACCGCGAGGCGUACACCGAGUUCCUCAAGCUCUUGAACCUAUACACGCAGGAGAUCAUCGACCUCAAGACGCUGCUCAGCAAGAGCCUCCUCUUCAUCGGGAACGAUGAUACGCUCGUCGCGCAGUUCAAGGAUCUGGUCGGUUGGGAUCCGGUCAAGGACGGACGCGUCGACGGCGAGGACUGGAUCAUCGACAACGAGCCAGUGCUCGAGCGGCCGCGCGUUGAGCUGCAUCUCCUCAAGAGCUUCGGGCCGAGCUACCGCAAGCUGCCCGACUCGGAAAUUGAUCUCGCUUGCUCCGGCCGAGGACCGCUCGAGUGGUCUGUCCUGAACGACGAAUGGGUUGCCUUCGCGACCUGGGCGUCCGAGGGUUCCGGCGCGCAUCGCAAGAACCCGUACGAGGAGGCGCUCUACAACUCGGAGCAAGAGCGGCAUUGGUACUCGUUCCACCUCGAGUCGAUGGCUCGAACCGUCUCGCACUUCGAGACGAUCGCCGCCCGCCUCGCGCUCAUGUCGAGCGACGAGCGAGCGAACUUCAAGCUGGGCGGCGAGGAAGGCGGGUUGGGCGGCACGGCGCCGAGCGUGUACGAGCGGAUCGUGCGGAAGAUUUACGGCAAGGACCACGGCUGGGAGAUCUUGCAGGCACUCGAGGACAACCCGGCCGUCGCGGUUCCGAUCGUCUUGGCGAGGUUGAAGCAGAAGGACGAGGAGUGGAAGCGCGCCGAGCGGGAGUGGAACAAGGUCUGGCGAGAAGUGGACGCGAAGAACUUCUACCGCGCCCUCGACCACCAGGGCAUUCCGUUCAAGGCCAUCGACAAGAAGACUACCACCACGUCUAAGUCCCUCACGACCGAGAUCGAGACGCUUCGACGAGACAAGCAGCAGAAGCGAUUCGACAUUCCCAGCCACCAACCUCCUCGACACCCCUCGCAGCCGACCGGCGCAAUCACCUACCCGACGGACUCGAUCUCGCCUUCUCUUCCUCUUCCCCUCCGACCGCUGCACCAGUUCGAGAUGCACAUGAGCGACCGGAGCGUUUUGUUCGACGUCCUCAAGCUCACCUUCUCGUACCUCGACCGCGAGCAAUCGGGCUUCUCGACGCCCGAACGAGCGCGACUCGAAGCCUUCCUCCGCCUGUUCGUCCCCUUGCUUUGGGGCAUCUCGAUCGGCGAGAUGGAGGCGAACCUCGGACAGUCUCAGCACGACGAUGCCGAUGUCGACGAGGACGAGGCGGAGACUGAAGCAGGAGACGCGACAACCGAGACCGAGGGCGAGACAGGUGCCGAGGGAAGCGAGGCGGGUUCGUCAAGUGCAGGGAGCGGCAGGAAGGGCUCGUCGAUGCGGCGAGGGGGAGCUGCCGACCUGCGGAAACGGCUGCUCAGGCACGCGGCUGCAACUGCCGGUCGAAGCGUGCCGUCCGGCGCGAACGGCAAGUCGGCUUCUCGGCAGGGCUCGCCUGCGUCGGACGAGAGCGAGCUGGGCAGGCUCGCAGACGCGACGUGGAUUCAGCUCGUCGAGACGAGGGAGAACGGCGAACCUGUGUCGCCGCCCAGUCCCGAUGAGGUACUUGACCCUCGGCGGUACAACUUCUUCGCCAACUCGACCUUCUACUGCCUCGUCCGCGUCCUUCACGCGAUGUACCACCGAUUGCUCGCCUUCAAGCAGCUUGCUGCUGACCUCGCCUCCGCUCACCGCGACAAGCGCCUAAACCCCAUCGGCGUCGACCUCGGCCUCUCCGCUCCCGUUCCCGUCGUCGACACAGGCGACAACCCUCCGGAGCACUACUACGAGCACAUGCUCGAGCUCGCGGAGAAGCUCUUCGACGGAGAGAUCGACCAGCAGACGUAUGAGGAGCAGCUGAGGUACAUGGCUGGCGUACGCGCGUACCCGCUCUUUACGCUCGACAAGCUCAUCUCGACCGCGAUCAAGCACAUCCACACGAUCAACUCGGAGAACCGGUGCCAGGACAUCGUGACGCUGCUCGAGAAGGACCGCGCGCGGCAGACGACGACGCCUCGGCAGCAGAUCGCCUAUCGCAUGGAGGUCGAGCAGGUCCUCGAGACCGACGAGCACAUCUACCGUAUCGAAUGGAUUCCCGCGUCGCAAGUACUGACGAUCCAGCUGCUCGGCAAGGAGGAUUUGACGAUGGACGACGCGUACGAGUCCGAGGCCAAGAUGCACCAGAGCUGGCUCGCUUCGUUCGCGCUCAUGUCGCCGAGCGAGGGGAUCGGCGCGCAGGUCAAAGCGCCUUUGCUCAAGCGGAAUCGCGUGCUGUCGGCGAACGAGGACCCUCAAGAGUUUGACUUGCUGCCAGGACUCGAGGCCAAGGUCUCCGAGUCAGGGUACAAGCUGUUCUUCGUGGCGAACACCGAGGACUUUUUGCGACGACGACGACCGCCACCCGGUGACGACGAGCAGGACGAGCAUGGCUCGCUGUCGACGCGGCGGAGCGAGCGGUUCAACCGGUGGCUGGAGGAGCAGCUUCACCCCGAGUCGGCGGCGCGAGAGGAGGAGGCCAAGGAAGGACGAAGGCCGGAGGCUCCGUCGGCAGGCGCGGGCGCGGCUCUGGCGGCUACGGACGGUUCAGCUUCCGCUGGUGCUGGCGCUGGCGCUGUCGAGGCGGGUGAGGAUGUGCAGAUGGCGGACGAGCAGUAA